AUGGCUGUCAAUAUUCUGAAAUUUGGGACAUCUUCCCCCGCAGAUACAUCCCCUUUGAAAGCGCUCAAAGCUGCUGGCUAUGAUUCCGCAGAUAUUCUAGCAGUCGUUGGAAAGACAGAAGGUAACGGUUGUGUCAAUGACUUCUCGCGUACACUUAGUACCCACGUCUGGGAGCCACUCGUCCCAGACAAGGCAAUCACAAUAUUUUCUGGAGGCACAGAAGGGGUUCUUAAUCCCCACGUAACAUUUAUUGUCACAGAAAAAAAGCCUACUGGUCUUCAGGCAGCAGCCGGAAGAACAAGACCCCUCGAGCCUCACGAAAUUGGAACACCGGAGCAUGCCAAAGAAGUGGCCUCUUCCGUAGGAGCGAUUCUGAAUGGAGCCGGAAUUUCCAGUAGCGAUGUACACCUCGUACUGGUAAAAUGUCCGCUCCUAACCUCAGAAAAGCUUGAAAGCAUUAAAGCCAUAUCCAAGAUUCCCGCUACAACAGAUACCUACGAAUCAAUGGCCAUGUCUAGAUAUGCUUCCGCAAUAGGUAUUGCCACUGCUCUUGGCGAAGUCAAUGAUCUUGAAGAGGCAAUGCGCCAUGAUACUACAUGGAGCUCAAAGGCCAGCUGUAGCGCAGGAGCCGAACUCGAAGACUGCCAUAUUCUUAUUCUGGCGUCAGAUUCCAAAACCGAAAAGCCUCAGAUUCGAGCUGCAUCAACCUACAUGGCAGAUGCUAUAGAUGCAGGGGCGAUUCUGCGGAUUUUGGAUCGAGUCAAGAGCGACAAUGGCAAGGUUCUUCAAAUCUUCGCCAAAGCCGAAGCCUCUAAGGAUGGCCUAAUCAAUGGAUUUAGACACACAAUGAACAAUGAUAGCGAUAUCCAUAGUACUCGACAUGCAAGGGCAGCUGUCGGUGGGUUAAUAGCGGGGCUUGUGGGUGAUACCCGAAUCUAUGUCAGUGGGGGUGCUGAAGGACAAGGACCUCCUGGAGGUGGUAGCCUAUCUGUCUUUUAUACUGUGGCGGAAAGUUAA